AUGCAGCGCCUCCUCGCAAUUAUCGCGGUUGCAUAAAAAUAUAUGAGUAAUCUGUUAUAGAGGCGAAUUUGGGUUCGUUCGGAAUGAUGCGUUGACUCCAUCCGAGCAAAACUACCCGAACAAAACAUUAUUAUAGCACAGGACAUCAACAUUUAACAUUUAACCGAUGCUCAUUUACAGCAGGUGGCGUUGCUUGUAUAAUCUAUAAUCGCGUUUCGAUCCGGACCUUGGAUUGGAUCUGCCUGUUGUUCAGAUUCAGCACUGGACAGCGACCGAUUUUGUCGCUCGGACAUUCAAAACGACAAGGAAUCAUCGAGAAAGGGCAAACAACUGCGCAAUCCUACUCUGACUGCCUCGCUUUCCCUGUCUCUCCUCAGUCGAAUCGACCCUUGCUUGGCUCGGGGCAAUGCGCGGCUAGAUGACUUCACUACAUCAACAAGCACCGUAGCCCUGGACUAAAUAUAUCACCACACCCCCCUGCCUUCUCUCUUCCUUCUCUCUCAUCUUGAGCGCCUCCCGCCCGCUAGCACCAUGGGUAACCGAGGAAUGGAGGAUUUGAUCCCGCUGGUCAAUAAACUCCAGGACGCUUUCAGCGGCAUUGGUCAGAGCUGCAAUCUUGACCUGCCACAAAUCGCGGUAGUCGGCGGACAGAGCGCUGGCAAGAGCUCGGUGUUGGAGAACUUCGUUGGCAGGGACUUCCUUCCCCGAGGCUCUGGGAUCGUCACCCGCAGGCCCCUUGUCCUGCAGCUCAUCAGUGCCAAUGCAGAAUGGGCAGAGUUCUUACACUGCAAAGGGAAGAAAUUCACCGACUUCGAUGAGGUUCGCCAGGAGAUUGAGGCGGAGACUGACCGCAUUACUGGGGCCAAUAAGGGCAUAUCUCCCGUCCCCAUCAACCUGCGCGUCUACUCCCCACAUGUGCUGAACCUGACCCUGAUUGACCUGCCAGGCAUCACCAAGGUGCCCGUGGGGGACCAGCCAGUGGACAUUGAGCAGCAGAUCAGAGACAUGAUCAUGCAGUUCAUCUGCAGGGAGAGCUGUCUCAUCCUGGCUGUCACUCCGGCCAACUCUGACCUGGCCAACUCAGACGCCCUCAAACUGGCCAAAGACGUUGACCCCCAGGGCCAGCGGACCAUAGGAGUGAUCACCAAGCUGGAUCUGAUGGAUGAGGGAACAGAUGCCAGGGAAGUCCUGGAGAACAAGCUGCUGCCCCUAAGGAGAGGUUAUAUUGGAGUGGUGAACCGCAGUCAGAAGGACAUUGAUGGAAAGAAGGACAUCAAGAUGGCUAUGGCUGCUGAGAGGAAGUUCUUCCUCACUCACCCGGCCUACAGACACAUGGCCGAAAAGAUGGGCACCCCGUGCCUACAGAAAGUCCUCAACCAGCAAUUGACCAACCACAUCCGCGAUACGCUGCCGGCGUUCCGUAGCAAGCUGCAGACCCAGCUUCUGUCUCUGGAUAAGGAGGCCGAGGAGUACCGAGGAUACCGCCCUGAUGAUCCGGGACGUAAGACCAAGCAACUGCUGCAGAUGGUGCAGCAGUUCUCCGUGGACUUUGAGAAGCGCAUCGAGGGCUCUGGGGACCAGGUGGAUACUGUAGAGCUCUCUGGUGGAGCCAAGAUCAACCGUAUCUUCCACGAGAGAUUCCCUUUCGAACUGGUUAAGAUGGAAUGUGAUGACAAGGAGAUGCGGCGGGAGAUCAGCUACGCCAUCAAGAACAUUCACGGUAUCAGGACUGGCCUGUUCACUCCAGACAUGGCAUUUGAAGCCAUUGUUAAGAAGCAGAUAGUGAAGAUCAAGGAGCCGUGUAUCAAGUGUGUGGACAUGGUCAUUCAGGAGCUGAUCAACACCGUGCGCCAGUGUACUAACAAGCUGGAUUGCUUCCCCAGACUGCGUGAGGAAACCGAGAGAAUUGUGACCUCACACAUCAGAGACAGAGAGAGUAGGGCCAAGGACCAGGUGUUGCUGCUGAUCGAUGUCCAGCUCUCAUACAUCAACACUAACCAUGAGGACUUCAUAGGCUUUGCUAAUGCACAGCAGAGCAGCAAGCAGAGCAGCAAGCAGAGUAAUGCUGCAAGCCAGGUCAGCCAGGUCAUCCGUAAGGGCUGGCUAACCAUCAACAACAUCAGCAUCAUUAAAGGUGGGGCCAAGGAGUACUGGUUUGUCCUGACCGCUGAGAGCCUGUCCUGGUUUAAGGAUGAUGAGGAGAAGGAGAAGAAAUACAUGCUCCCUCUUGACAACCUGAAGGUGCGAGACGUGGAGAAAGGCUUUAUGUCCAGCAAGCACGCCUUCGCCAUCUUCAACACCGAGCAGAGGAACGUGUACAAGGACAACCGUUUCCUGGAGCUGGCCUGUGACACUCAGGAUGAGGUGGACAGUUGGAGGGCUUCUCUCCUACGCGCUGGGGUCUACCCCGAAAGAUCUUCCAAUAUUGAUGUGGAGAGUGAGGGCGGCGGCUCCUCGUCCUCGUCCCAGGACAACUUUACCAUGGACCCUCAGCUGGAGCGAAAAGUGGAAACCAUCCGCAACCUGGUCGACUCCUACAUGGCCAUCGUCAACAAGUGCAUCCGCGACCUCAUGCCCAAGACCAUUAUGCACCUCAUGAUCAGCAACGUGAAGGACUUCAUCAACGCGGAGCUGCUGGCCCAGCUGUACUCAGCCGGGGAUCAGGGUGCCCUGAUGGAUGAGUCCCAGGAGCAGGUCCAGAGGAGGGAUGAGGUCCUCAGGACCCACCAGUCCCUGAAGGAGGCCCUGGCCAUCAUAGGAGACAUCUCCACCACCACCAUCUCGACCCCCAUGCCGCCGCCCGUGAACGACUGGCGCGGUGGAGGCGGAAACAGGUCUCCUCCAACCAGCCCCACUGGUUCCAGGAGGAUGUCAUCAGGCCAGCGCCCUAGUCCCGGAGGGGGGCGAGGGGCUCCACCCCCUCCUAACCGCCCAGGACCCCUGGGGCCCUUCAACAACAGUGCUGAUAGCCCCCAGGUCCCCAGCCGCCCCAACCGGGCCCCUCCCAGCAUCCCCAGUCGGCGACCUCCUCCUUCUCCAACAAGAAAUGUCCCCCCAUCUUAAGCAGUCAAAGGAGCUUGUGAUCUCUUAAGGGCCUAGCGCUCAUCCCCUAGCGCUCAUCCGUCCCCAUACCAACCCCAUUCCCCCUAUCCUCCACUAGCCCCUCUUCUGUCUAUCCUUUACAUAGUGCAGACAUUGAACCUUUUGCCCUCUGUCCCUGACCCCUGACCUCACGCCAGGUGACGAUCGAUGUCCAUGUAUCUAUGUACAGUAUGGUGCUUGUCUUGUGGUGUAUUUUUCUGUAUGUGUGCUUGUGCUCACCUGUGGUCCAGGUCUGUUUAGCAGAUCCAGUUCCGACUGAGUUUCAGCCCUUAGAAAACCUCCAUCUCCCUUACCUAGAUACCAUCUUGCUGUCCCUAGAACCCCAUCCUCACCCUCCACCCACCUCCACCUAGACCCCACUUGCUGCUUCUCUACAUAUCUAUGCUCAGCAGUGGCACUGCCCUACCCAUUCCAAAAUGCAGCAUGGCACAUAGGUUGCUUUUAUUGCAUGUGUGUGUGUGUGUGUGUGUGUGUGUGUGUGUGUGUGUGUGUGUGUGUGUGUGUGUGUGUGUGUGUGUGUGUGUGUGUGUGUGUGUGUGUGUGUGUGUG